AUGGCCCGUGUGAGCAAGAACUUAAUUAGUGAAGAGGUUAAAAAAGCUUUUGUCCAGAUGGGAAGCUUUAAGGCUCCAGGAGAAGAUGGUUUUCCAUCUUUUUUCUAUCAACAAAACUGGAAUGUUGUGGGGAGCUCAGUGAUAAAUCUGAUGAAUGAGUUAUGGGAGAAGCCAGAGAGAAUACAAGAAAUCAAUAGCACGUUACUUGUCUUGAUUCCAAAAGUUGACAAGCCAGAAAAGCCUCUUAUGGACAAACUUGUUUCUCCUCACCAAAAAAGCUUUGUACCAAAGAGGAACAUUCAUGAUAAUAUUGUAAUUGCAAAAGAGAUGGUGCAUUCCAUGAAUAGAAUGAAUGGAAAGAAAGGAUUUAUGGCUGUAAAAAUUGACUUAGAAAAGGCUUAUGAUAGAAUGUCAUGGGGUUUUAUUGAGAAAGUGUUGAAGGAAGUUGGUUUAGAUGAACAUGUGAUAAAGUUGAUUAUGUGCUCAUUCCCACAUUCGGUGGGUGUGAAGCAAAAAUUAGAGAAGAUCCAGAGAGAUUUUAUAUGGAACAAUAAUGAGAACAAAAGGAAAUUACAUGCAGUGAGUUGGGAUGUUUUAUGCACUUCAAAGGAGAAAGGAGGUUAUAGAUUGAAAGAUAUGACAGUAAUGAAUGAUGCACUCUUGGGAAGGAUUAGGUGGAAUCUAAUUGCAAAACCAGAUAAUCUGUGCUUAAAGGUUUUAAGUGGAAAAUAUGGUAGGAGUGUGAAUUUAAGAAGGGAAUGUGUUGUAAAGACCACAGAUUCUGAAAUCUAG